GUCGCUUCUCCCGUUGUCCAACCACAUAUCAAUUGUGGCAUUCUCGAGACGCGCUCUUCUUGAGAGUGAUAGUGAUUGGUACCGCAAUCAUGGAACGGAGCAGAAACCAAGAAUAUUCGAUAGUACUCUGUAAUCCGGAUGUGCAAACUACAUAUAGAACAUUGAGUAUCAAAUGUCGUACAAGGGCACUUGAUGGCACUGUGAAGAGUCUAAGAGACCAAAGGUCGAAUAGCUCCCUGCCAAAACACAGGCGAGAGUACGAGAUGGCGAGUGUCUGCAGCUGGAUCGAACCAUUAAGAAUCUGGAAGUCGAAGGCCAAAAUUGACGGGUUGUUCGAAACGAAUGGUAGGUGGCAGGUACGCUCCUUCCCAUCUUAACACCUCAGUGUUCAAGCUUUCCCCUCUUCAAUAGACCUGCUGUUUCCCUCUUGUCUCAGAAUCUCAUCAUGGCGGUAAACGGAGGAAAGUCAGAGGCAGACAAGAACACUACCGCAUACCUGGACUUUGCUUCGCAGCUGGCCAGGCGCCUCGAAUCUGGAAACGUCAAUGUUGUCACCAUGCAAGAACUCGAGCACAUUCUGGCCCGGAACAGCACACGCCCACCAGCUGCAAAAGCUGCAGCAUUCGAUCGUCUAGGAACAGAAAUCUGGAAUGCUGCCAUCCGGCUUAAAGAUCAAUCAUCGCCCCUGCUGAAGACAUGGCCACUCCUAGAGCCCCAACUGCGCGUUCUUUCUUUCUUCCUUCUGGACACAGCGCAAAGGUCCUACGUCAAGCACGGCAGCAAAAGUUCAGCUCAAAACCUUGUUCGCAUCUUCAAGACAGCUUUGAAAGCAGCACGUAUCUGUAUUGCUGCAAAUGCACUAGAUCUUUGUACCAGAUUAUUCGAAAAAGUAGCCGAAUAUGUCGAGCACAAACACGAACCCCCUCGAGAGCACAAGAAAAGCGAAGCGGAGGGGAUGAUUACUGAGCUGGCAGCAGACUAUCACCUUCUCAGAGCGACUGUAGCCUGGAAGCAGGACAAACCUGAUAGUGUGAGCUUCUGGCUUGCAAGAGUGCUGCAUCAUCCAAACAGAGCGGACAUGGUGCACCUUGCCGAGAAGAAAGCCGACUUGACAUACGAAGUUGGCAAAGCUGCUCUCAAGAAAAAGCAGUUCGAUAGUGCGGUAAGAUGGCUAGAGCAGAGUCACGAAGUCUUUGAGGAUUUUGACCCGGAGAUGUUGUCAUCCGAACUUUGCGACCUUCGUUUGGUUGUCAGACUUGACCUUAUCCGCGCACUGGUUGGCGUGGCCGAUGCCACCUCAUUAGAAAAAGCUUCAAGCCUCGUAGUUAUGCUUGACCAGGAGAACGGCUUCCGGACUGAGGUUUAUCUUUUGAGGCUUGAUAUCAUAUUCGCUCAAACACCGUUCCAACCCGAGGAGUUCUGCGGAGCUUUGACCCGUGUCAUUCGAAUGGCUAUACUUUCAGAAGGCACCUUCAAGUCUAUCAUGUACCAGAUCCAGAAGUUGAACACCUUUGACAUUGGAAGCGAGGGUACGAACCGAACCGUCGUAAUCAACUCAAAUCCUAGUCCACAUUCACAUCUCGCAUGUCAAAACUUGAGCUUGUUGCUGUCAAGACUACUCGCCGAAUCUCCCGUCACGCAGAAGUCAGUAGAGAAGGUUGUGGUAACUAGAAUAUGGAUCGCUUCGCUUUCUUUACAUGUUCAAUAUCAUCCUUCAGAACUGGAGAUCAUAUUCGACGAUGUUGCCAAUACGAAGGAUAUGAAGAUGAGUCCAGAGGCAGCUCACGCUUCCCAGUCUUUGCUAUGGAAGGCUGUUACCGCAUUCCAGCAAUUGGAGAACGAAGACGAAGCUGCCAAGUGGUGCAAGCUAGCCAGCCACGAUAUCUUCGAGAGCUCAGGAGAGAUCAACAAAGCUAAACUUUCACGCAAAAUGAUGACCGUUGCCCUAGCCAAGGGUGAUGCUGCAUCGGCUCGAAAAGCUUACUAUCAGAUGCCGGACAGUGGAAAACACGCUGCGAUGACCCAGUAUCUAAUGUACAAGAUUGCUCUCCAGGAGGGUGAUACUGAGUUAGCCGCGAAAUCGCUGGAAGGAGUUCUCAAAGCCUCUACCAAAGGCAAUGAGAAGUACCUCUACGCAUGUGUACUUGAGGCACAGCAAUCAGGUGAACGAAGACAAUUCACUGUUACCAUGAAUACAGUUCUGGAGUUUUACGAAAGGAACCCCUCGAGCAACGUCAAGUUGCCAGUACUACUCCGUUGUAUCAUUGGAUCCAUGGAGACAGAAUUGAAUCAGGGUGAUAUGCCUUUGGACGCUGGUCUGACGGAAUUGUGCAAAGUCUUUGAAGCUGCGAUGAGACACGGGAUUGGCUUCAAGAAUGCAGAUGAUGACGACUCUCAUAUUACUGAGCUUCGGUGGUUUGCUUGUCACAGUUACAAUACAGCCUUAAAGUAUUGCUCAGACAUGCAUCCUGAACUCCUGUUGAGAUUCAUGAUGGCAAGCGUCGCUCUCAUAGAUUUACUACGCCAAGAAAAUGGCAAGGAAGAUGGUCUGCUGAAUCGACUUCUACUGUGUCGCUUCCUGGCAGCAUCCACACUGAUCGUUCUAGCGAGGUCAGAAGACAAUAUCGAGCGAGCGCUACAGUUGUUUCUCGACGCAAGACGCCAGAUCGAAACAUUCCACUUGAAGUACCAGGAAGCCAUACAGAGCAAAUCGCUACAACCGGACGUCACAUCAGAUCUUGACAUCAAGGAAUUCGAAAUGAUCAAAUUCGACCUCGAAGCCCUCAUGAGACUGGAGAAUUGGAAUGAUCUCGACAAGACACUUUCAAUGUGUCUCUCACCCACCCACUCCAACCGUCUCGAAAGUGCAGCAGACUUGAUCCUCCACAUCCAUACCCACAUCACUUCCUCUUGCCAACUGUCCCCAUCAAUCUCCACUCUCCUCGCCAAGAUCCCCACCGUCAUGGAGAAGAUCAUCAACGCCUGCUACCGCAACAACAAAGAUAUCACUCGCCUCGCCCGCUGGAUACGCUGUCUCUUCCAGAUGUGUCUCUCUUCCAACCCUGCUUUAUCUCUACGCUGUCUCGAUCAAGCAGCCUCCAUUGCUACAAAGGCAAGUGUGGCGUUGGAGAAGUAUCCGCAAGAGGAGAUUGAGUGGUUGGUCACUACGGCAUUCAAUCAUGCUGUGGAUUUAUGGUUUGGGGAUGAGGAUGAGGGAGAAAGGGAGGCGGAGAGCUGGGCGCAAAAGGCGCUGAUGUUGGCGGGUAGGAUUGGAGGGGUGGGUGUUGGGGGUUUGCAUAAGGUGUUGCAGGAUAAAUGGAUGAAGUUGAAGGGGCUGAUGAGGGACUGACAAGGCCGUCAGAUCUUCGAGUAUGGCUAGGAGACGGGGAGAAAUGAGUCUGGCUAAAAGAAAAGUUGUUGCUAGAUUCCUUUAUUGCUUAAUGGCAAGAAAGUAACGAAGAACACAAUGUGGCUUACUGGAGUAUGAACUCGCUUUGAAC